GAAUAAGAAAGUCAGAUAUCAAUUCGGUUGAUAUUAGUUUCUGUGAGAAGACGAUGUUUGUGAAAAUUACUGAAAUUGGGGGAACAACAAAGUCCGUCUCCCGAAUUAGCGAAUGGAGAACUCGGAAGCCAGUGAUUUGCUCAGGGAGGGUCGGUCAACGUUCGAUUCAUAUAUUGACUGAUUUUCUGUGUCAUAAGAUAAUUCGUAUGCGUCAAUUUUAAGGACAUCUUCAACGCGGAGAAUGCUUAAAGACCCGAUGGACCGUAAUACGAAAGAUUGGAGGCGGCGGAUUUGGACAGAUUUUCGAGGCCUGGGAUAAGGACAAACGACAACGGGUUGCUAUAAAGGUGGAACGUCGUCAAGCGCCCAAGCCGGUGCUAAGAAUGGAAGUAACUCUUCUGAAACGACUUCAAGGUUGCCCACACGCAUGUACGUUUCUUGGAUGUGGUCGAACUGAAAACAUCAAUUAUAUUGUCAUGCAAAUUCAGGGGCCAAAUCUGUCUGAACUUCGACGCGCGCAGGGCGAUCAGAAAUUCAGUGCGUCGACAGCACUGCGUCUAGUGUACGAAGCUCUACAGUGCAUCGAAGCCGUACAUAGCGAAGGCUUUCUUCACAGAGACGUCAAGCCCUCCAACUUUGCUAUUGGUUGCACAAAAGAAACCAGUAGAAAGGUGUACAUCUUGGACUUUGGAUUAGCGCGCCAGUAUCUCGAUGGGGACGAUCAUCUUCGGCCUGAGCGUUCCUUUGUUGGCUUUCGAGGGACAACAAGAUAUGCAUCACUAAAUGCACACCGAGGCAAAGAACUGGGACGGCACGACGACCUAGUAUCACUGUUCUACAUGACCGUCGAAUUUCUCACUGGAAAGUUACCUUGGAGAAAGGUGAAAGAGAAGGAUCGCGUGGCGCAGAUGAAAAAGCAGUUUAUCCCAAGCCGAUUGCUGCAAGAUGACUAUGCUGAGCUGGAAAAAAUUUUCUAUUACUUGAACGGUUUGCGGUAUCAUCAGAAGCCUGAUUACGAUUUUGUCCGACGCAUGCUAUGUCGUUGUAUUGUUAACAAAGGGGUCCACUUUGAAGAUUCGUUUGAUUGGGAAGACAGCACCAGUAAAGGGAUUUCUUGCAGUUCCGAAGGAAGAGGCGAAAGUGUCAGAAAAAUCCGAGGCUCUAAACAUAAGAAUCGUUUCGACGCAAAUGCUCCUUACAUAGGGCUUCAUCACGAGGGAGACGAAAUUUCGAGUGAGGAAUGGGCCCCAGUUUAACCGGACCGAAUUUGUAGUUCGUGAUUUUUCAAGGUAUCUAAACAGAACGCGAUAGCACUGGACGAAGAAGUAAAAUAUGUGACUGACUUUGAAAGUAGAUAUAUAUGAACUGUUAAAAUACAUAUACCCGUACGUUA